GUGUUUGUUCGUGAAGAAGAAAUCACAGAAGGCUGAAUAAGAACCAUAAGAAGGCAUUUGUUGAAAUAUGUUUUCCAUCCCGGAUUUUUGGACUAGUAUAGAAAAUUUUGUGGAUUACCUAGAUUUGGAUUUCACGCCAUGGAUUCCGUGGCUUUUACCGCCAGUUAUCAUCAUAGUUUUUUUCCCUUAUCUCUUUCUUAUAUUUACCUACUUUACUUCAUUGAUAAUAUUUUUUUACAAAAUGUACAGAAAAAUAUUAGGACAGCCUUAUGAUGACGUAGCUAAGGAAACAAUAGUCAAAGUAGUUGCAGCCAUUUGGGCUACCUAUGGCUGGAUUUGGCACGGUUACGACGUCGUGGGACUCGAGAAUAUUCCUGUGGACCAGCCGAUUUUGUUUGUCUACUACCACGGAGCGAUUCCCAUGGAUAUUUACUAUUUCAUGGCCUGGAUGGGACUUAUUCACACGAAAUUGAUCCAUACGGUCGUGGAUCGGUUUGUGUUUAAGGUACCCGGAUGGUCGCCGAUCAUUGAAGCAUUCAAAGGUACUUCUGGUACCGUCGAAUCUUGCUCUUCUCUUCUGAAGGAGGGACAUAUGCUUGCUAUUGCGCCAGGGGGCACUUAUGAAUCGCAAUUUGGAGAUUCGCGGUAUAAACUGAUGUGGAAAAAACGACUUGGAUUCGCUAAAGUUGCUCUUAACGCUAAAGUGUGCAUCAUACCAGUCUUCACGAGAAACAUUAGAGAAGCUUUUAGAACGUUGAGUUGGGGCAGAAGAUGGUGGUUUACAUUAUACGAAGCUACAAAGUUACCUUUCAAUCCGGUUUACGGUGGAUUUCCAGUUAAGCUUAAGACGUUCGUGGGCAAACCGAUUCCAUAUGAUGGGAGUCUCACGCCCGAACAACUUCGGGUAAAGGUGGCCGGCGCUCUUGAAGAAUUGAUACAAAAACAUCAGAAAAUGCCUGGAAGUAUAAUGCGGGCAUUGUGGGAAAGAGUUUAUGACCCGGAAGACAGUUCAUAGAAGCCCAAGUGAUUUAGGAAAAAAUAAACAAUCGUUCGAAACGCGAUAUAGCUACGAUAUAGUUUUACGCCGUCCUUUUUACCUUUUUUUUCAUUUCUCUCUCGAAUCUCGGGAUUGAAUAAUCUUGAAUAAUCUUAAUAAGUUAAAAAUGUAUAGAAGUAUAAGCAGGAUGUGAUAAUUUCCCUUGAUAUCCUAAUCUUAUUUUUUUGGUUUAAGAUAUUUUAUUUUAGAGGUUAUGUAUUUAGCAGCGGAAUGCAU